AUGGAAGGAGGUGGAGGUGGUGGUGACGGAAGGAGGUGGUGCAAGUCGGUGGUAGAAGGUAGUAGAGGUAGUGGUGGUAUAAUGGUAGUUGGAGGCAACUACGGUGGUGGUGGUGGCAGUGGCGGUGAUGGUGAAGGCGUCAACAAUGGUGGUGGUGGCAAUGACAAUGGUAGUGAUGGUGGCCACAGUGAAGGUGGCGGCGAUGUGUUGGUGAAGGUGGCAAUAAUGGUGGCGGUGGUAGCGAUGUUAGUGGAAUGCAAUAGAGGUGGUGGUGAUGGUGGAAGUUGGCAGUAG